GUACAACAGAAGCAAUUUCAACAGCCGGAGUGACAGCAACAGUGACUGUCCUUCUGAUAGCGAACUCAAGGGAUCAAUGGAUAUACACCCAGAUAUGGACUUUGGUGCUCACAGAAGAAGGUCAAAUACAGCUCAACGGCUGGACCGUCUGAAGAAAGAGAAAAGAAAUCAGGUUAAGUUGAAGACUAUUCAGUGGAAGGAAGUCCCAGACACAUACAAACCAGAGGAAAAGGGACAUUUGUUUGAGAAAAAGGAGCUUCCCCCAGCCAAGAACAUAGAAAAUACUAGUCCAUCCAAUGAAAGAGCAGUAGAAAAUGGUUCUGAGAACAUGGAGCAAGGGGAGCCUGCAGGGAAGACAAAGAAAACCAAAGUUGUCUCUGUCCUUAGCCAACAGUUAAAGGAGAUAGAAGAGCAUGGCAGUAACCCAUUCUUCAAAUACGCCAAGUUUGAUGGCAGGACUGCCGGGGGUGUUCCAACACGCAAACUGGAUAUCUUUUUAGCGUUUGCUCCUCCAGAACAGAGGUCCAUCCCCAUGUCUAUCCUUGUCCUGGCAAAUGCAAAAGCCCAAGAGGUGAUUGGGCUGGUGUGCUGGCAGUAUAUACAGGAGGGCAGGAAGCCAGAUCUGCAGUCAGUCGCUGGACAGAUAGAUCCUAAUGACUUCCUCAACAAAUUUUCCCUGCACAUGGCCGAGGAUGAUGGAGAGAUUGACACAGACUUUCCUCCCAUCGUUCCGACAGAUCCAGUCUCCAAAUAUGGCUUUACAAAGUUUGCACUUGUGGCAAACGCACCAGUUCAGCCAAAGUCGGUUGUUGUGACAAUAACGGUUCCGAACCGGGGCUUUAACAAGUUUCAGGUAGACUCCAUGUCUAUAACCAUGAGGGAACUCAUGGAGAAGGUUCUCAAGAAGCGAAAGAUAAAAGUUCGACAAGGUUUGAACUACACGCUGGAGAAGGCUAUGAAGUCCGAAAUUGGGAAGCCAGUAGAUCUGGAUGCCACGUUGGGUUCCAUGAGCUGCCUGGAUUUUUAUCUCAUUAGAGAAAACAGUUCCAGAGGGGAUGUGGAGUCAAACGGCGAAGAGGAUCAGAAGAUGGCAGAAACCCUGAUGAGCCAUCAUUACAAGUCUUUCAUUGUCAGCAUGGUACACAAGCUGAGGACUAAUACAGAGGUUCAGCUAGGUAUCAGUGGCGACAAAAUAGAAAUUGAUCCAGUUUCUGUCAAGGGAACUGCCCGAUUAUUUCGACAAAAAGCAUUUACCUACGAUGCAGAUUGUAUUGCAGCCUGUGAAAUCAUAGAGACAAAAAGCAAUGGCCGGGCUGUGUUCAAGAUGACCUACCUCAAUGGCCACGACUACAAGCAGCAUUACUUUGAAGCAGAUCACAACAUUGCAGCGGAGAUUGUCGCCAAAGUCAACAACAUUUUGGAGCUCAAAUUUAGCCCAGUGAGGAAAGAGUUUGUCUUCUCCCAAGAGAGGAAAGCUCUGCAAAAGAAGGAUUCAGUUAAACGAGAUUCCUUGCGGCCUGGGUAUUGA